AUAACAGGGUGUGGAUUCUUUGUUUGAUCAACAAGCACAUGGAGAAAAGGACAAUGACAUAAGGCUGUGUCAAAGUUGGUUCAGCUUGGCACGGCACGUUUUACCUUUCCGAAGGCUGGAUGAUGAUGAGUGUUUGGGAGUUUGUUGGCGGGCUCUUGAGGGCGAUCUCUGUAACUCUGUUGCAAGUCACGGCAACUCAGUAGCAAGUUUUCGUCUCCAGCCAGGAACACUUGAUGUCGCAGCGUAUCUGAGUGCGGCCAUGUCGCGUCGUGUCACCAACGUAACAAAGUCAAGCCGCCGUAUCCGCACAUCACCAGCCGCCGCCGUCGCGACCCCGUGUAGCUUGUCCUCGCCGUCGUCGCCAUAGCCCGGCGAUGCAGCCAUCCCAGGGCUUGUCUGCUUCCGCAUCGAAUCAAGCACCCGACUCUCAAUCCUCGACAUUGAACGCUUCCAACCACAUCUUUCGCGAUUCUUCGUCAGCCGACAACCGUGUCGUCCGCUCCAUCCCGCCAUGGGUGCAGACCGAAGACGACAGCGAUGAUGAGUCGAUCGAUCAGACACAGCGUCUCCUACCUCUGGCCAAUACCGUUCCCGCCUCUCAUCACUACCUCCCUGCCCCGCCCACCCAACACAAAGCCCCUGGCCGAAAGUGGGAUCACAUACGCUCCGCCGAGCCUCCGUUGCUAGAUCAGCCGAUAGAUACGAAUCAGCAAAGAUGGCUUCCCUACAUGGUGUCCGGUCCGCAGCCACGAGGCGUACCUGGUGCUAGGCUGGUCUCGGAUGCCUGGAUGGACGAGAACAUGCCUCAUCUCACUACUACCUGGACUGCUGCCGAACCUGAGAAAUCCUCAGAUAAGCCCAAAGGCUUGUGGUUAUUUACUCGCGAAAGAAGAUCAAAAACUUUCGGGCGCAUCAAGCGCAUCAUCCUUAAAAAUCCUUUUGUACCUCUAGUUUUCCGUCUCAUCGUUCUUACCUUUACUCUGGCUGCCCUUGGCUUGGGCGCCAGAGUCUUCCACGAGGCCAAUGCCGUCAAUCGAGAUGGCGAAGGGCCUUGUAGCAAGCGCGCCUCGACAUACAUGGCUAUUGUCCUGGAUAGCGCUGCCGUGCCUUAUAUUGGCUACAUCACAUGGGAUGAGUACUUGAGUAAACCGCUCGGACUCCGCAGUGCUACGGCCAAAGUGUCCCUCCUUCUAGUCGACCUCUUUUUCAUUGUUUUCUACUCGUCCAACUUAUCUCUGGCUUUGGAUGCACUUGACGAUCCUCGUUGGGCCUGCUUCGACCACAACGAAUCUUUACUAUCGAACUGCCCCGCUUCUCCUCGUAUAUGUCGGUCUCAACAGGGUCUUUCUGGUGUUUUGGUUGUUGCUUUGAUGGCGUGGCUCUUCACGUUUGUUAUCAGCGUACUCAGGGUAGUGGAGCGUCUUCGUUAGCGAGGAAGGGAAAUCCAGCAUGUUCCUUUGUAAUCAUUUAU